ACAGUCUAGUGACAGAGCCGGGAGCCUGCACCUACUUCAACUUCAUCCCGGGAACCCACAGAGAACUUGUGUGACUGACUGCAGGACGUCUGACCCGGGAAGGAGAACAUCACCCAGGUUGUCUCAUAGUCACUGACUAAGACUCCAGAUAAAGGUGCAACACUGAUCCCUGGGCUUCCACACAAGGCGACAAUGGAUUAACUCACUAGGAAAACAUAUAGUGCUGUAGGCAGCACAUGGUUCCCCAGGAUCUUACUAUAGACCUGACUUCCUGAGGCUACAAUACUCCACAAUGGAUAACUUCUUCUCAGAGGGAACACAAGUUUGGUUACGGGAAAAUGGACAACAUUAUCCAAGUUAUGUGCAGUCUUGUGCUGGCGGUGUUGUUGUAUUUAAGACAUUUUAUAAUCAGGUAUUCACAUACAAACAAAGCACACUUACUCGACAGAAGGUUACUACUAUGCAUCCAACUAGCACAAAUAGUGUAGAAGAUAUGGCAGCCCUCUGUGAUCUCCAUGAAGGAUCGAUUAUGUACAAUCUCUAUCGGCGGUACCAGGAGGACAAAAUAUAUACUUAUAUUGGUUCCAUCCUUGCUUCUGUAAACCCCUACAAGCUGAUACCUGGUUUAUAUGACCGAAACGCAGUAGAGCUAUAUAGCAGGCAUCACAUGGGCGAAAUCCCUCCUCACAUCUUUGCUGUGGCCAAUGAAUGUUACCGCUGCCUAUGGAAACGCCAUGACAAUCAGUGUGUUCUCAUCAGUGGUGAAAGUGGAGCAGGCAAAACAGAAAGCACAAAGCUUAUUUUAAAAUACUUAUCUGCAAUGAGCCAACAUUCAUUGGAAAUUUCCUCAAAAGAAAAGACGGCAAGCGUGGAACAAGCAAUUCUAGAGAGCAGUCCAAUCAUGGAAGCCUUUGGGAAUGCGAAGACUGUUUACAAUAAUAACUCAAGCCGUUUUGGAAAGUUCAUCCAACUGCGAAUAUGUCAAAAAGGACACAUUCAGGGCGGGCGUAUUGUAGAUUAUUUAUUAGAAAAGAAUCGUGUAGUGCGGCAGAACCCAGAGGAGAGGAAUUACCACAUAUUUUAUGCAUUGCUGGAGGGAGCAGGGAAGGAGGAGAGAGAGGCUUUUUUUUUAUUACAACCAGAGAAAUACCACUACUUGAAUCAGUCGGGAUGCAUAAGAGAUGAAACCAUGAGUGACAAGGUGACCUUUGAAGAAGUAAAAACUGCUAUGGAAGUCAUGAAGUUUACUUCGGAAAAUGUCCGGGAAGUUUUUAGGUUGCUUGCUGGAAUUUUGCACCUGGGAAACAUAGACUUUAUGACUGCUGGUGGGGCACAAAUCUCUACAAAGACAGCACUAGGGCGAACUGCAGAUUUGCUGGGGCUGGACUCUGAGCAACUAACAGAAGCCCUGACACACAGAUCCAUGAUCCUCAGGGGAGAGGAGAUUUCUACACCGCUUAGCAUAGAGCAAGCAAUAGACAGCAGGGAUUCUGUAGCCAUGGCUCUCUACUCCCAAUGCUUUACCUGGGUAAUCAAAAAGAUCAACAGUCGUAUUAAAGGAAAAGAUGAUUUCAAAUCUGUUGGCAUUCUGGACAUCUUCGGAUUUGAGAAUUUUGAGGUGAAUCGAUUUGAACAGUUCAGUAUAAACUAUGCAAAUGAGAAGCUACAGGAAUAUUUCAAUAAGCACAUAUUUUCUUUGGAGCAGCUAGAAUAUAGCAGAGAAGGACUUGUAUGGGAAGACAUUAACUGGACGGAUAAUGGAGAAUGCUUGGACUUGAUUGAAAAGAAACUUGGUUUAUUAGCGCUGAUCAAUGAAGAAUGCUACUUUCCUAAAGCCACCGAUAGCACCUUACUGGAGAAGUUACACAGGCAGCACGCGAAUAACUCGUUUUAUGUGAAGCCAAGAGUCGCUAUUCACAACUUUGGUGUAAAGCACUAUGCCGGAGAGGUCCUGUAUGAUGUCAGAGGUACUUUGGAAAAAAACCGAGACACCUUUAGAGAUGACCUUCUCAACCUGUUGCGUGAAAGCAGGCUGGAUUUCAUAUAUGACCUGUUUGAACAUGUUUCAAGCCGAAAUAGCCAAGAUACUCUAAAGUCUGGAAGUAAGCACCGGAAACCCACAGUCAGCCUGCAGUUCAAGGAUUCCCUGCAUUCCUUGAUGGCAACACUGAGUACAUCUAAUCCUUUCUUUGUCCGCUGCAUUAAGCCAAAUGUGCACAAGAUGCCAGACCAGUUUGACCAGUCAAUGGUCCUCAACCAGUUAAGGUACUCAGGAAUGCUAGAAACAGUCAGAAUCCGCAGAGCUGGUUUUCCAGUCAGAAGACCGUUCCAUGAUUUUUAUUUUAGGUAUAAGGUUCUAAUGAGAUAUCUGACCCUUCCUGAAGAUUUGAAAGGCAAGUGUGAGACUUUACUCCAUCUUCAUGACACAACAGAUACUGAAUGGCAGCUCGGAAAGACCAAGGUCUUUCUUCGUGAGUCCUUGGAGCAGAAAUUAGAGAAGCAGCGUGAAGUAGCAGUAUACAAGGCUGCCUUGAUAAUACAGUCACACAUCAUGGGCUUUGUGGCAAGAAAGCAGUACAGAAAGGUGCUUCACUGCAUUGUGGUAAUACAAAAGAACUACCGGGCUUUCCUGUGGAGGACAAAGUUUUUACGUCUUAAAAAAGCAGCUGUAACCUUCCAGAAGCAGCUGCGAGGCCAGAUAGCUCGCCGUACAUACAGGCAGCUCCGAGAGCAGAAGCAGAAAGAAGAAGAGAUGAGGAGAAGAAGAAGGGAGGAAGAAGAACGGAGGAGGAAAGAGGAGGAAGAGAGAUUGAGGAAAGAGGCUGAGGAAAGGAAGAAGAAAGAAGAGGAAGAAAGACUACAGAAAGAAGCAGAAGAAAGAGAAAGACAAAGACGAGAGGCAGAAAUACUAGCCAAGCAGGCUGAAGAAGCAAAAAAACAGGAAGAAAUUGUUGCCAUGUUAGAAGUUGAAAACAAGUAUACAGAAAAUCGAGAAUUUGAAAAGCAGAAAGAAAACAAACAAGUGGAAGAAAUUCUCAGAUUAGAAAAAGAAAUUGAUGACUUGCAACGCAUUAAGGAAAAACAAGAAUUAUCCUUAACAGAGGCAUCUUUACAGCGGCUGCAACAGCUCCGUGAUGAAGAGCUGAAACGUCUAGAGGAAGAGGCCUGCAGAGCAGCCCAAGAGUUUCUCGAGUCCCUUAACUUUGAUGAGAUUGAUGAAUGUGUUAAGAAUAUUGAAAUGUCCUUAUCUGUAAGUGAUGUAUUCCCAGAGGAGCUUAAAUCCAUUGCCGGCGGUGAGAAACCCACUUUUAAUUUUAGUCAGCCAUAUCCUGAAGAGGAGGUGGAUGAGGGAUUUGAAGCUGAUGAUGAUGCAUUUAAAGACUCGCCAAAUCCAAGUGAACACGGUCAUUCUGAUCAACGAACAAGUGGUAUUAGAACCAGUGAUGACUCUUCAGAAGAAGACCCUUACAUGAAUUAUACUCUUGGACCAGCAGCUGAAGCUGGGCAAAACAAUAAAUUACUUCCUCCUGGACAAGAUCCAAAAACUGCAAAAAAAGUGGCUGGGGGGGAGUCUACUUACUGUGUGCCAGAAAAGCAACCAGAUCCCCUGCAGGGUCUUGAAAACCUCAUCAUCCCUGAUGGGGAUUAUGACUAUGACCAUGAUGAAUACCGAGAUGGGGCAGUGACCUCUGGAAGCAGUGUGGCAUUCUCUAACUCCCACAGCAGCCAGUGGUCUCCAGAUUAUCAGUGCUCCAUAGGAACAUACAACAGUUCAUCGGCUUACAGAUUUAGCUCAGAAGGGGCUCAGUCAUCAUUUGAAGAUAGUGAAGAAGACUUUGAUUCAAGGUUUGACACGGAUGAUGAACUUUCUUACAGACGGGAUUCUGUCUACAGCUGUGUUACACUGCCAUAUUUCCACAGUUUUCUUUAUAUGAAAGGUGGGAUGAUGAAUACAUGGAAGAAGCGUUGGUGUGUCUUGAAAGAUGAGACCUUCCUGUGGUUUAGGUCCAAGCAGGAAGCUCUGAAGCAGGGCUGGCUUUAUAAAAAAGGUGGAGGGUCGUCCACUCUGUCCAGAAGAAACUGGAAGAAGCGUUGGUUCGUUCUCCGACAGUCCAAGCUGAUGUACUUUGAUAGUGACAGUGAGGAAAAGCUGAAAGGAACCAUAGAACUCAGAGAAGCUAAAGAGAUCAUUGACAACACAGGCAAAGAAAAUGGCAUUGACAUAGUAGUGGAGAAUCGAACAUACCACUUGAUUGCAGAGUCCCCUGAAGAUGCAAGUCAGUGGUACAGCAUUAUGAGCCAGGUUCAGUCAUCCACAGAGCAGGAAAUUCGGGAGAUGCACGAUGAGCAAGCAAAUCCACAAAAUGCUGUGGGGACGUUGGAUGUUGGCUUAAUCGAUUCUGUCUGUGCUUCUGAUAACCCUGAUAGACCAAAUUCAUUUGUAAUAAUCACCGCAAACCGUGUUCUUCAUUGUAACUCGGACACACCCGAAGAAAUGCAUCACUGGAUAACACUGCUGCAGAGAUCCAAGGGGGACACCAGGGUGGAAGGACAGGAAUUCAUUGUUCGAGGUUGGCUGCACAAGGAAGUGAAAAAUAGCCCUAAGAUGUCUUCAUUGAAGCUUAAGAAGCGUUGGUUUGUCCUUACCCACAAUUCAUUAGACUACUACAAGAACUCGGAGAAAAAUGCUGUAAAACUGGGCACUUUGGUCCUUAACAGCCUAUGUUCUGUGGUACAGCCGGAGGAAAAAAUCUUUAAAGAGACUGGAUACUGGAACGUGAUUGUGUAUGGACGCAAGCACUGUUAUCGCCUUUACACAAAGCUGUUAAAUGAAGCCAUUCGGUGGACCAGUGCUAUUCAGAAUGUCAUUGACACUAAAGCGCCUAUAGACACCCCAACACAGCAGCUCAUACAGGAUAUCAAGGAAAACUGCCUGAAUAAUGAAGUUGUAGAGCAGAUAUACAAAAGAAAUCCAAUUCUGCGUUAUACUCAUCACCCUCUGCAUUCUCCAUUGCUGCCACUUCCCUAUGGAGACAUCAACUUAAAUUUAUUAAAAGACAAAGGCUAUACAACACUACAGGACGAAGCCAUCAAAAUUUUCAAUUCUUUGCAGCAGCUUGAGUCUCUCUCUGAUCCCGUCCCAAUAAUCCAGGGCAUUCUUCAGACCGGUCAUGACUUGCGACCUUUGAGAGAUGAACUGUACUGUCAGCUUAUCAAACAGACCAACAAAGCUCUGCAUUCUGGUAGCACUGGGAACCUUUAUCAUUGGCAGAUACUCACUUGUCUGAGCUGUACCUUUCCACCGAGUCGCAGUAUUCUGAAGUAUCUUAAAUUUCAUCUGAAGAGAAUACGAGAACAGUUCCAAGGAUCAGAGAUGGAAAAGUAUGCAGUAUUUAUUUAUGAAUCACUGAAAAAAAACAAAUGCAGAGAGUUUGUGCCAUCUCGAGAUGAAAUUGAAGCGUUGAUCAAGAGGCAGGAAAUUACCACCACUGUGUACUGCCAUGGUGGAGGGGCCUGCAAGAUCGCCAUCAACUCUCACACCACAGCUGGCGAGGUUGUAGAGAAGCUUAUCCGCGGCCUAGCCAUGGAAGAUAGCAGAAAUAUGUUUUCCCUCUUCGAGUACAAUGGUGUCACAGAGAAAGCCAUUGAAAGCAGAGCUGUGGUUGCAGAUGUACUGGCCAAGUUUGAGAAGCUUUCAGUAAAUGCAGAAGCAGGAGACAGGCCAUGGAAGUUCUACUUUAAACUGUAUUGCUUCUUAGACACAGAACAUGUACCAAGAGACAGUGUUGAAUACGCAUUUAUGUUUGAACAGGCACAUGAAGCAGUUAUUCGGGGCCACUAUCCAGCACCUGAAGAAAAUCUACAGGUUCUCGCAGCUUUAAGGUUACAGUAUUCACAAGGAGACUAUAGCCAACAUACAACUGUACCAGAGAUGGAACACUUUUACCCUGUUCAGAAACUGAAAUCUCGAGUUUCCCAGUCCACCAAAGUGUCCACACCCCUCGAAAGAUCUGAGAGAAAGAGGUCUAGUUUCUUGGAAGGAACCUUAAGGAGAAGCUUUAGAAGUGGUUCUGUGAGCAAACAGAAAGAAGAAGAAGACCAAAUGUUUGAUAUGUGGGUUAAAGAAGAGGUGAUGUCAACCAGGACCAAUAUUAUUGACAAAUGGAAGAAACUACAGGGAAUGUCUCCAGAAACAUGCAUGACCAAAUACAUGGCUCUGAUAAAGGAAUGGCCUGGCUAUGGGUCAACCCUGUUUGAUGUUGAGUGCAAAGAAGGUGGAUUUCCACAAGAGUUGUGGUUGGGUGUAAGUGUUGAAUCUGUUGCAGUCUACAAAAGAGGAGAAGGAAGACCUUUGGAAGUGUUUCACUAUGAACAUAUCCUUUCUUUUGGUGCUCCAUUAGCCAACACCUACAAGAUAGUUGUGGAUGAGCGGGAGCUUCUGUUUGAGACUAGUGCGGUGGUCGAUAUUGCAAAGUUAAUGAAGGCAUAUAUAAGUAUGAUAGUAAAGAAGAGAUACAGCACUACGCGGUCAGAAAGUAGCCAUGGAAGCCAGGGAAGUUCUAGGUGAAGACAGUGCCUCUCACAUAUUGCCUCUGACAAUUGCUUGAGCCUUGGCUCCAACUGAAAGGUGCUUCAGAAAUACAUAGCUGGACUUUACCCAUCUCACAUCCAGGCUCUCACAGUCAGGAUGAUACAGUGCCUAAACUAUUAGAAAGGACAGCAAGAUCCCAAAGUCUCAUUGCCUUAGAUUAUAAGACCCUGCUUUGGAUGCAGAGUGAUGUGCCUUUAAACCGGAUACCCAUAUGCCUCCAAACUGAAAACCUGCCCUACUGGUUCCUGAAGAAGAGUAUUGGAUAGCUGCAGGCAGCCUUCCCCAGGACCCCAUUAAUAAUGCAACUUUGUAUUUUUUGGCAAUCUUGUCUUGUUUUAAUUCCAGGUAUUGAAUGAAAGGGGAGUGUCAAUGUGCAAUGCUGUGUGUAUAUUUUCAUUCAUCAGUUACAUGUGAUUCAGGUCUGUUGUGUGUUUGCUCCCAGAGUUCAAAGGUUCUGAAUGUUAUAAUGCCAGUUUUACCAUUUUGUGUUACUUUCUCACUGUAGCCAGUAUACACCCCUGUCUGCUGUAUUGUAAAUUAAGAGGUGACAUAGCUACUAGAAAGAGUACAGUAUUUAUAAACUGCCUUAUUAUGAAGAUUCUUUAAUAUGUCAGUAGCACUUGCGCUACAAACAUUUUCUUUACUUGAUACAUUUUGCCAUAUUAACUUUGUUGAAGUGCUUGUAAAUAGGUAAAUGUGAGUGCUUUAUUUUUCUAAGGAAAUUUUUAAUAUGAAGCAAAAUAUUUCACCACCUAGUGGUCAGUAAUGGAAAGGCUAUAUGUUAAAAGAUUUGCUUCAUUGUAUGUAUAAACUCUUGACAAUAAAAUAUGGUAUUU